UUCAGAAUAGUUUGACUAAGAAGCUGUGUUACAAAUCAAACGCUGCAUAGUGUUUUCUUUGUAAUUGUAUUAAGUUUUAUACACAUAGUACGCAGAAAACCGUUUUUUUUUCAUUUCGGGGACUAAUUGAAUAAAUUACACAAUAUGGGAGCCAGACAAAGCAAAAGAUCUGUUGACAUAUCUGCCGGAGCCACAAAAGCGGAAAAGGUUGCAGCUGGAGAACCUUUGGAAAAUGGAACAAUUACAACUGCUUCAGCUGACGAAAAGCAAGUGGUUGAGGCUAACGGUGGAGUAGAAGAAACAACCAAACAGAAUGGAUCAACGCCUCAUAUAGACGAAAAGGAAACUGCUGAAACCGAAGAUGUUAAGGAAACUGUUAAAACUGAAGUAGAAAUCGAAGUUGGGGCACCAAUUUCUGAAGCUAAUGGUGAUGUUGAAACUAUUGCCGAUGAAUUGUCUAAAACUCCGGUAGACGAAACAGCUACAGAAGAAGUUCAAGCAUCUGCAGAAAAGAAGCGCAAGAAGAAAAAAUCAUGGUCAUUCAGAUCCCUCAGUUUCUCUAAAAAAGAUAAAUCUAAACCAGCAGUUAAGGAACAAGCCGCUGUUGAUGUAAAGACCGAAACAGUUGAAGAGGUGGCCGAAGAAGAAACAGUAAAAGAAGUAGCCAAACCAGAACCUGAAUCUGCUGUUGAAGUUCCAAAAGUCACUGAAAAACCUCUUACAGAUGUUGAAGAAAAAAAACCUGAAGCUGUUGAAUUAAAUAUAACAAAUGUAACUGAAAUUCCGCCUCCAUUACCAAGUAGUCCUCCCCCAGUAGAACCUACCCCUGUUGUGCCAACACCAACUAUCGUUGAAACACCUGCUCCAGUCCAACCAGUAGAACCAGAGGUUGUACAAGCUGAACCUGAGGAUGAAACACUUGGCGGUGGAGAAGGUUUGGCCGAACCCCCAGAAGGUUUGAAUACAUCUGAUAUUGAAAAAGAAGUGGCUGAGGUUGUACCUUUAGUUAAUGGUAACCAUGUUGAAGAUGAAAAAUCUGAGCCUUCCUCACCUGAUGUAAAUUCUUUAUCUGAAAAAAUUGAAGCAAUCAAGCUAUCCAAUGCAGCUGAUAUUAAUGAGGCGACCAAUGAAAUUUCAAAUGAUUUGCAUGAAAUAAAUGGAGUAAAUGAUGCAAUCGCAGUUACAAAUGGUGAUGCUGGUCAUGAAGAAGGCAAUUAAAAUAUACUCUAUGGUUUAUUUUUAUUAUUAUUAUUAUUCACUAAAUGUAUCGUUGACRACAGUUAUCGAAAACUACACUAAUGUUAUUACCUACUAUUUUAUGUGAAAAAAAAAUAUUUUAUUUCAUAUUUCCCCUUUUUUUAAAAUUCUACAACUAAAGAAACACAUUCCUUUUUUGAUGAUCAUAAAUAAAAGUAUGUAUGGUUCUUUUCAAAUUAUUUUUAUACAUGAUUUUUGUAAAUURAAAUGAAACAAAUCUCUGCAACAUAAUACUUUUUUGUACAAUUUUUUUUUUUUUUUGUCGGCU